AUGCCCAUCUACCCCGGCAGUCGUCUUCGUCUCCGCCUUUACACCCUCGAGCUGGCGCAGCGCCCGUAUCCUCGCAGACAUAUCCGCACUAUGCCAAAUCGCCCGCGCAGUCAUUUGCCUCGCCGCCACUGCCUUCUCGACCUGGGGAAAACAAGCGACAGCUACUUCCAAUGCGAAAAUCCGUCCGGACUAUCACCUGCUUCUUCGCCCUCAAUAUAUUCCCCAGGAACUGGCUCUACUUCCAUGUCCCCAGAUGCUGAACGGAAGAACAAUUGGGGCAAGCGCUUCGCGGGCAAUAUGCUCAUUGGCCACGGGGUAAGAGCGAGCACGACUACAAUCACUUCGUCCGAGAAGCUACCAAUCAAUGUCUCGCCAAUGGGGAGACAAGAACCCAGUAACCCCCCUAAACGUCUGAACACGGGGCAUCUUCUUCGCUGGAGCCUCCCAUUACUGGAGCGGUCAUUGUUCAAGGUCUUGGUGAGGUCAUGA